AUGGCAACCGAGACAAUCACCCGCCCGGCAUUCUUGUCUCUCCCCAAAUGGAACCAGGUUCCGGAGACGAAACACGAAUUGGACUGGGCGGACUUGGUCACCCUCGACCUCAGCAAGUUUGAUCAACCGGGGGGUAAAGAAGCGUUGGCUGCGCAGCUCUUUGAUGCCGUCAACAGAAUAGGUUUCUUCUACAUCAUCAACUUUGGCCUCACGCAGGAAGAGGUGGACCGCCAAUUCAGCCUGUGCAAGCAGGUCUUCAACCUCCCCGCCGACGAAAAGAUCAAGUACCGCGCCGACCUCGAGAACGGGGGCUACAAUGGGUACAAACCCCUGGGGAUCCGCGAGAUCAAGAACGGCAUCAAGGACAACACCGAGAUCUAUAACAUCCCCAAGUUCAUCGCGCAGUACGAGCGCGAGCACCCGGCCAUCAUCCAGGAGCACUGGGAUGAGAUCCAGUACUUUGCCAAACACAUCCACUUCCAGAUUGUGCGCAAGCUGCUCGUGCUGUUCGCCCUGGUGCUGGAGUUGCCCGAGGACUACUUUUUGAACAUCCACCGCUAUGACGAGAAGAGCGACUGCCACUUCCGAUACAUGAAGUACCACCAUCGGUCGCCCGAGGUCAACAAGGAGCUGGAUAAUGUCUGGGUCAAGGGACAUACCGACUUUGGAAGCUUGACCCUGCUUUUCAGACAACCUGUGGCGGCCCUACAGGUGCGCACGCCCGAAGGCGAGUGGAAAUACGUCAAACCGUACCCGGAAAGCAUCACGGUCAACAUCGCCGACGUGCUGCAGUUCCUGACCAACGGGUUCCUCAAGUCGAGCAUCCACCGGGUGGUGGCGCCCCCGCCGGAUCAGGCCGACGUCGACCGCCACGGCGUGCUGUACUUUGUGCGACCCGAGGACAAGACGGAGCUCGUGCCCAUCCAGGGCAGCCCCGUGCUGGAGCGCCUCGGGUACGACAAGGCCCUCGACCCGGCCACCGUGGGCUUGACCGCCGGCGAGUGGGUGAAGGCGCGGGUGGCCAAGAACGUCAGCCGCGCCGGCGUCGAGGAGGAGAGUAUCAUCAAGGGUGUCAAGGCCAAGUAUUAUGACUAG